GCUCUGCCUGUUGAUAUCCAUUCAGACGUUUUGUUUACCUCUUUUUCUAUUUCUGAUCAUGAUUUCCAUCCAUCUACUUUACUGGGUGGCAUUUUGCUGAAAUUAUAGGGCACCAUUUGCCAUGUUGUUGUUCACAGCUGAAGACAGUUGUUACCCGUGCAACUGCACGCGGGGACAUGCUUACCGUUCGGUAUGCCCUGGAGAUUUCUGCCCAUAUCUUCCGCAGAGAUUCCAAGAAUGUCCGAGACUAUGUCCAGCGUCAGCUGGGUUCGCUGCCAAUCUGGGAAGAUACCAAGGAGCUCUUAGAGCUCCAACAGGUCGAAAGGAUUCGCGAACGGUUAGACAGGGAACUGAAGCAAGCAACCGAUAGAGAGAACGAGAUCAAAAGAAGAGCAGCCAGGCUUGAUACGUUAGAGGCAGACAAGGCUGCACUGGAGGGUUUGGAUGAGACAACAAUGUCUGACCAAUUGAAAGUGUUGAAGAAUAGCAUGUUGUCGAUGCAUGCCCAUGUGGACAGCAGACUAGACUUCAUGCAGAAUUCUCUUGACCAGAUCUUGGACCUUUUGCAAAGGCCAGGAUUUAGGCCAGCAGCACAGUCGCCAUUGCCGUUAACGGCGAUGUCAAGCCCCUUUCCGGUACAAGCUGGCACACAACCACGUGGUACGUCUGCAGCAGUCUCACAGACUGUUGCUUCUUCUUCUUCUGGGUCAGCGAUGGUAGCUACACCACCGCAACAACUUGUUCCUCAACAGGGACAGCAGCAAGGUCAAUGGUAUCCAAAGACCCCUAUGAAACCGCCUCUUGCCUUCUCAAGAGAGAAGAAGGACGAGGAACUCAACACAUGGUUGAGAACAGUUCCGGUAUGGGUAAAGGCGAAGAGGACUUUGCAGGAGGAGGAGGUGAUUACUGCUGCAUCUUACCUUGAGGGUAAGGCAGCCAAAUGGCUGGAUGGUUUAGUUUCAAAGGCCGGUGAUGAGUGCAAGGGUGCUUUCAAACGACUGAAGCAUGCACUCAUGAAUCAUGAGGUUCUCAUGGUGCCCGAUCCUCAGAAGCCAUUCAUAGUGAUCACUGACGCAAGCCAAUAUGACAUUGGCACAGUGCUGGCUCAGCAGGAUGGGAAGAAGUUGAGACCGAUUGAGUACAUGAGCAAGAAAAUGCCAUCAAAGAAACUGGCAAAGUCCACCUACGAAAGGGAACUCUAUGCUCUUUAUAAAGCCCUUGUCCAUUGGAGGCAUUUCCUGUUGGGACGGUUUUUCUACUUGAGAAUUGACCAUCAGACCCUCAAAUGGAUCAAGACUCAACCGGCUCUCUGUGAUGCACUCAAGCGAUGGAUUGAGGUCAUAGAUCAGUAUGACUUCAAGCUAGAGUAUCUGAAGGGAGAGUACAACAAGGUUGCAGAUGCGCUGUCCCGUCGAGCAGACUACCUAGGGGCGCUAGUUUCUGAGUUUGGUGUAUCUCAGGAAGUAACUCAAUCGUUGGUGGGAGCCUAUCAGGAAGACCCUGUCAUGAUGGACAUCAUGCACAAACUUCAGGCAAAAGACAAGGCCACAAAAAGUGAGUUUGUGAUGAUGGAUGGGUUACUCUUUCUUGAUAAGGUCGGGUGUAAAAGGUUAGUAGUUCCAUCGAGUGAGAGUUUGCGUAGUUUAUUUCUAGGGAAAUGUCACGACGCAAGUGGACACUUCGGCUACAAAAAGACGAGUGCCAAUCUGGUACAACGAUUUUGGUGGCCUAAAAUGCUCGAUGAUGCAAAGAAGUAUGUAGAGACCUGUCAGGUCUGUCAGCGGGACAAGCCGCGAACUCAAGCACCGCUUGGGCUGCUAAAGCCCUUGCCUAUCCCUGCUGGUCCAGGACAGAGUGUUUCCAUGGACUUCAUGGACACCGUGGUGACUAGUAAGAGUGGCAAGAGGCAUAUCUUUGUCAUCAUUGAUCGAUUUACCAAAUACGCUAGACUAAUUGCCAUGCCAGAGACCGCAAGGACUGACCACGUCAUCAAGUUGUUUAUGGACAACUGGGUGCGUGAUUUUGGUUUACCAAAGUCAAUUGUUAGUGACAGAGAUGUCCGCUUCACAAGUGAGCUGUGGAAGAAGACUGCUGAGCAGAUGGGCAGUCAACUUCAGAUGACUUCAAGGAAUCAUCCCGAAGCCAACGGACAGGCCGAGCAGAUGAACAAAGUUGUACAACACCUGCUGAGGCAUUACAUCAAGCCCAGCCAGGAUGACUGGGAUGAGAAGUUGCCUCUCAUCGCCAGCCUGUACAACAACGCUGUACACAGCAGUACCGGCGUUAGUCCUAACCAGCUGCACUUGGGAUGGAAGCCUAGAUCAGCUCUGGACUUCCUCCUACCUGAAAACCGACCCUCUGCAACUCCAGGCACACUAGAGUACGGUGUGCAGUAUGUGAAGUUGCUGCAGCAAGUUGUCGAGCACAUCAAGAACGCUCAGCAAGCAAUGAUUGCUUCCAGGAACAAACAUCGUCGACAGUCCUCAUUUCAGAUAGGAGAACAUGUCUGGGUCAAGGCUAGUGAGCUAGGACAGGAAUUCGGAAUCUCUCGCAAACUAAUGCCUCAGUAUUUUGGUCCAUGGGAAGUCCUGGAUAUAGUUCGGGAUGAGAUGGAUGGUCCUACCUAUGUUAUCCGUAUCCCUGGUCAUCUGCGCACUCACCCUGUCUUUCAUGCCUCAAAGCUUGCACCUUUCAUUGAGACAGAUCAAUUCCCUUCAAGGAGAUCGAUGUUGCCCCCAACCAUGGAUGGUCAAGUGGACAUCGACGACAUUGUGGAUCACAGAGAUCUGCCUGUUCCAAAGCCACUGGGUAGAGGAAGACCUCCAAAACCCAAGUGGGAGUAUCGAGUCCGAUUCAGGCAUCAUACGGAUCCGAAGGAAGAUCGGUGGUUCACCAGAGAGGAACGGAUUGACACAGCUCCUCAAGCGGUGGCAGAUUAUGAGAGAAUGUUGAAAGGGAAGGCACCUGCGAAAAAGGAAGCCCAGGAUCUGCAACAGCGGCAUGAAGCCGCCAGCAUCGAAAGACUCAAGUAUUGGCACUUUGAACCAUCUGAAGGGCACGACGACGCGACACCAGAGGAGCAACACAAGGAGUUCACGGCCAAGCUCAUGACCAAAAUGGUUUACGCUAUUAACCAUCUGGAGUCUGAGCUGGCAAAUCUCCAGCGGGCCAUGAGGACCUACAAGGCCCAGCACGAGGAUGCGACACGGGCACUUGAUUCCCGUAUGCACGACCUGGAGCAAGCUGCACCAGGACCGCAGGCUGGCGAGUCCAGCAGCGCACCCUCGAACCGCCAACUGGAGGAACGUGUUGACCACGUAGUGGCAAUGCUUGGUGACAUCAGUACCUCCACAGCGACAGCUACCAUCAGCCAGCGGCUCGAUGUUUUGGAUGCCAAGCUCGGACAGCAACAGCAGCCGUCUGAUCUCAGCACCAACAACUCGGCGAAGCCGUACAAGAUGUCGACAUUCCGGAUCGAGAAAUUUGACGACUACACUCAUAAGGACCUGGUCGUCUGGUGGCAGGGAUUUACGACGGAGUUGGGGAUUCACGAGGUCCCCAAACAUCUGUUCAUCAGCACAUUGUUCCUCAACACCAAGGGAGGAUGCCAAAUCUGGCUCAGCCACAUGGCAAACAUCCAUGGCGUCCAGGUUUCAGACCUGUACAAGACGGUCCCUUGGGAGGUCAUGACGAAGGAGUGGAAGAAGCGGUUCAUCGUGGACGACGCACCUGCGCUCGCCAUCAACCGCAUCUUCGCAAUGGCUCAAGGGAGCACACCGACACGUGACUGGCUCACGGAUUGGCAGAAGAUCGUGGCCACGCCCGAUCUGGACUUACCGUUCACACAUCUGUGUUGUGAGUUCUACAACAGGUCAUGCGCCGCUCUCAGCCUCGCACUCGGUGAUCACGAGCAGUACACCACCUUCGUCGAAAUCAUCAACAAGGCGAGAGAGGUCAUCAAGACCAACAGGCCGGCUGCACACGAGAAUUCAACAUGGCAGCCAAUCGUUGUGGAGAAGGUGAAGACUGGUCCACGACCGCAGCAUGUCGCUGCAGUCCAAACGGACAGUGGAGAAGACCCGACAGCCACCCAAGCAACAACAGGUGGUUACUGUCCAGCCGCGAAGCAACAACAAGCCCCGAGGAAACGGGAAGGCGAAAACCGCAUCGCCGGCCGGAAACAGACAGCCAGCACCAUGGUACCAGCUCCGUUGAUGGACGCCGGAGUAGAGGUUGUCGACCUUCACGCUUACAUUGCGAAGAUCGACCGCGAGUUCAAGACGCAACGUGAGGCGGUGUCCUUUGACAUUCUGGACACCAAAUUCGACAUGAUCUCGGGCAUGUCAUGGCUGCGAAGCGAGGACCACUCGGUGAACUUCUACCGUCGCAUCGUUCACAUUCGUGAUCGGAACAGAGUAUUAGUCCCAUGCACGGUGCCUCCUCCUCACCCUUCCAUCAGCUGCCACGUGGUAUCCGCCGCAAGCAUGCGAGCUUCCAUCAUCAGAGACGACAUCGAGGAGAUGGGGGGGUGUUUUCUCCACGCCCUCCCGCCCCAUGACGCUUCACCGACGGACUCAUCUUCGGAUCCACGCAUCACCGAGCUUCUCGACGCCUACGGCGACGUGUUCGAAGGCCCGCACGGAGUAGUACCGGAUCAGCCCAUCCACCACGAGAUCAUCCUCGAGGACGGGGCCGUACCUUCCCGUGGUUGCAUCUACCGAAUGAGUGAGGAAGAGUUAAGUGUGUUGCGGGCACAACUCGACGACCUUCUGGAAAAAGGUUGGAUUCGGCCUAGCUCAUCGCCAUAUGGUGCGCCUGUUCUCUUCGUCCGGAAGAAGAACAAGGAUCUGCGGUUGUGCAUCGAUUCGCAAGCUCAACGAGCAAGGCUGGAUUCGCAAGCUCAACGAGCAAACGAUCAGAAACGUCGGCCCUCUCCCACGCAUCGACGACCUCCUCGAACGACUGGGCGGUGCCAAGUUCUUCUCCAAGCUGGACCUCAAGUCGGGAUAUCACCAACUCGAGAUUCGGAAGGAGGACCGCUACAAGACCGCAAGUACAAAGCCAACGGCGACAAAUGCGAAUUCGCGCGGCAGGAGGUGGAGUACUUGGGACAUUAUGUGACGUCGCAAGGCAUCCGUCCGCUUGCGGACAAGAUGGCCCUCCGCGUAUGGCCCGAGCCCACCAACACCACGGACGUUCGUUCAUUCAUGGGGUUGGCGGGCUACUAUCAGCGAUUCAUCACCGAAUACUCAAGGAUUGCUGCACCGAUGACGAGAUUACAAUCCCCAAAGGUGCCAUUCGUAUUCGAUGACGACGCAUGCCGGUCAUUCCAAGCACUUAGGACGGCCAUGCUCAUGGCACCCGUCCUUAGCAUCUAUGACCCCACCCUGCCUACGAGAGUGACAACUGACGCUUCCGGCUAUGGCAUUGGGGCAGUCUUGGAACAACACGACGGCGACGACUGGCACCCUGUGGAGUAUUUCAGCCACAAAGUGCCUCCCAUCAACUCGCUUGAUGAUGCAAGGAAGAAGGAGCUGCUCGCGUUCGUGAUUGCUCUCAAGCGAUGGCGACACUUCCUCCUUGGGCGUCGUAGGUUCACAUGGGUUACGGACAACAACCCACUGACCUACUACAAGACGCAGGAUACGGUGAGCAGCACGAUCGGACGAUGGAUGUACUUCAUCGACCAAUUCGACUUCACACUGAAACAUCUUCCCGGCCGCUCCAAUCGCGCAGCAGAUGCACUCUCGCGAAGACCUGAUCUUUGCGCUAUGGUACAUCAUGCCUUUGCAUUCGACGAGGAACUUCAACGACACUUCGUCUGGGGAUAUGAGUCGGAUCCGGACUUCGCCACGUUGUAUGCGCAGUUAUCUUCGGAUCACCCUCCGGCCAGCCACUAUCGCAUUGCCGACGGUGCUUGCUCCUCCACUCGAGAGGCAAGGACUUAUUGUGUGUCCCACGAGAUCGUCGUCUUCGGACUCGCCUUCUCGGCGAGUACCAUGACUCGCGACUCGCUGGCCAUUUCGGAGUCAACCGCACCAUUGCACGGCUUCGACAACGAUUCCGAUGGCCCGACCUCAUUACCAAUGUCACUCGGUAUUGCGACUCUUGCGAAGUUUGCCGACGAAGCAAGCCCCGCAAUCGCAACCCUUACGGCGAAAGACAUAGUCAGCGACCACGACACUCGCUUCAUGUCGGCAUUUUGGACUGCUCUCAUGCAGGAGUCCGGCACGAAGAUGAAACCAAGUUCGGCUCGGCAUCCACAGACGGACGGGCAGACGGAGCGGGCACAUCAAACCGCUCAAAUGAUGCUUCGUACGCUCAUCCGUCCGGACCAGAAAGAUUGGGUUGACCGCCUCCCCGACAUCGAGUUCGCCUACAACUCUUCGGUGCACCCAGCGAUCGGUGUGACUCCAUUCGAGUUGCACCACGGUGGACGAAAAGGCCGUAUUUUCGCCGACCUUCUCCUCCCACGACCAGCCGACAUCGAUGCAGCUUGUUCUCCCGCUUCCGUCCGGAAGUACAGGGAAUUGCUGGCUCAAGCCCGCGUGAAUAUGCAAAAGGCUCAAGUCCGCAUGCUGCAGCAAGCCAACAGGCGUCGCGUGCCAUGUCCCAUCCGCGCCGGUGAUCUGGUUUGGGUCUCCGCGGAAGAGUUUUGCACUGGAACAGGAUGUUUCACGCAAACUGCUUCCCAACGUCAAUUCAAACUUGCGAAACCAUGGAAUUGGUUCCGUUUUGGACGAAUCGAGGAAGAUUGCCUGGCCGUCCCACUUUGGGGUCGACUCACGUUCUGCGGAACUUGGAUUGACGGCCGCAGUGCAGAUCCGCUGUUCCAAUUGCUGGACGGCGGUGUGCUGUAUCUGCAUGCCAUCCUUGACUGUCCCCAUGUCGAUCUCCAAGGCAUUGAGACGGUCCGAAGUGUUGGAGGAGCUGGCGGCGGGGGCGGCGACUGCUUGUUGCAGCUGCUGAAAACGGCUGUUGAGGCUAUCCAACGUCCGUUUGUGAUGCUGCACCGAGUUGUCGAGGUUAUGGAUGUCCUCCUGCUGUUUUGGGAAGGUGCAUUUGAAGCAGAUUUGAAGAAAGCAUAUGAGAAGGGCGGAAACCACACAACUUUGGUACUCGAGCAGCUGAUUGCUAUCAUGCAGCACAUGGUCGGCCUUGGUUUGGGUGACGGGGAUCUGUGGGCCAUCUUGGAAAGCAUCGCAAAAAUCAAUGAUGUUGGCUACAAGCACCUGAUCAAACUGCGGGGAACAGCAUCGAUGAUGGCACAGGCAUACAAGUACUGGGGCGCACAUCAUCACCCUUCGGUCGGGCUUAGGAAACGGCCAGACAAAUUGCAGCAGCAACUGCCUGCAAAUGAUGCCGAAAAUUGUCGCAGACCAGAAGGCUUUGGAACAUUUGGCAAGAGUUGGAUGACCGGGAUGUUUGGACGAGAAAAGCAGGGCUUCCGAAGGCCAGCUUCAGAGGGGCAAAAUUUGGGUGACAUCUCAUCGAAGAGUGGGGCAACUGGAGAAUGGUUUUCAAGUGCGCAUCGCAAGAGUAUGUUGGGGAUACGAUUAUUGAAGGGUCACAAAGGUGCAAUCACAGCCCUCCAUUUUGGCGGGAAGAGUGAGGCAGAGUACCAGGAUGAAUCUGGAUACUUUAUAAGUGGAUCUGUUGACACAACGGUGCGAUUAUGGAAUCCUGAGACCAAAGGCCAUGAUCAGCAAGUGGUUGUUAUGCACGGUCACAACAGGGCAGUGAGAACAAUCUACUCUGACAAAUGUCGAGUUGUGUCGGGUGGUGAUGAUAAGAUGGUGCUUGUAUGGGACAAGAACAGCGGGCAUCUACUUGUGCAAUUCCCUGGCCACGAAGCAAAGGUACCGCCACCAGGUCUCCAGGUCUCCAUGUAUUUUGUUUGUGAAAAAAACUUUGCGUGUUAUAUCUGACGGCGUGCACAAUGCCACAGCGAAACAAGAAUCACGACUCUCGAGCAGGGGAUGAAAAAGAAGGGCACACCACUGCCCAUGGGCCUCGCUCCACUAAUCAACAUUUUACAUGUCC